AUGUUCUGUACCGCCAUGUUCUAUAUCGCUAUGUUCUGUACCGCCAUGUUCUAUAUUCCUAUGUUCUAUACCACCAUAUUCUAUAUCGCUAUGUUCUGUAUCGCCAUGUUCUAUAUUGCUAUGUUCUGUACCACCAAAUUCUAUAUCGCUAUGUUCUGUACCGCCAUGUUCUAUAUCACCAUGUUCUGUACCGCCAUGUUCUCUACCGCCAUGUUCUCUACCGCCAUGUUCUAUAGCGCUAUGUUCUGUACCGCCAUGUUCUAUAUCACCAUGUUCUGUACCGCCAUGUUCUCUACCGCCAUGUUCUAUACCGCUAUGUUCUGUACCGCCAUGUUCUAUAUUGCUAUCUUCUGUACCACCAAAUUCUAUAUCGCCAUGUUCUAUAUCGCUAUGUUCUGUACAGCCAUGUUCUGUAUGGCUAUGUUCUGUACCACCAUAGUCUAUAUCGCCAUGGUCUGUAUCGCUAUGUUCUGUAUCGUUAUGUUCUGUAUGGCUAUGUUCUCAAUCGCCAUGUUCUGUUCCGCCAUGUUCUGUAUCACUAUGGUCUCUACCGCCAUGUUCUAUACCGCCAGGUUCUAUAUCGCUAUGUUGUGUACUGCCAUGUUCUGUACCGCCAUGUUCUUUACAGUCAUGCUCUGUACCGCCAUGUUCUGUAUCGCCAUUUCCUGUACCGCCAUGUUCUGUAUCGCUAUGUUCUGUAACGCCAUGUUAUGUAUCGCUAUGUUCUGUACUGCCAUGUUCUGUACCUCCAUGCUCUGUACCGGCAUGUUCUAUACAGCCAUGCUCUGUACCAUCAUGCUCUGUGCCACAAUGCUCUGUGCCAGCAUGUUCUGUAUCGCCAUGUUCUAUAUCGCUAUGUUCUGUACCGCCAUGUUCUAUAUCGCUAUGUUCUGUACCGCUAUGUUCUAUAUUGCUAUGUUCUAUACCACCAUAUUCUAUAUCGCCAUGUUUUCUACCGCCAUGUUCUGUACCAACAUUUUCUAUAUUGCUAUGUUCUGUACCACCAUAUUCUAUAUCGCCAUGUUCUGUACCAUCAUGUUCUAUAUCGUUAGAUUCUGUAUGGCUAUGUUCUGUACCGCCAUGUUCUUUAUCACUAUGUUCUGUACCGCCAUGUUCUAUAUCGCUAUGUUCUGUACCGCCAUGUUCUAUAUUCCUAUGUUCUAUACCACCAUAUUCUAUAUCGCUAUGUUCUGUAUCGCCAUGUUCUAUAUUGCUAUGUUCUGUACCACCAUAUUCUAUAUCGCUAUGUUCUGUACCGCCAUGUUCUAUAUCACCAUGUUCUGUACCGCCAUGUUCUCUACCGCCAUGUUCUCUACCGCCAUGUUCUAUAGCGCUAUGUUCUGUACCGCCAUGUUCUAUAUCACCAUGUUCUGUACCGCCAUGUUCUCUACCGCCAUGUUCUAUACCGCUAUGUUCUGUACCGCCAUGUUCUAUAUUGCUAUCUUCUGUACCACCAAAUUCUAUAUCGCCAUGUUCUAUAUCGCUAUGUUCUGUACAGCCAUGUUCUGUAUGGCUAUGUUCUGUACCACCAUAGUCUAUAUCGCCAUGGUCUGUAUCGCUAUGUUCUGUAUCGUUAUGUUCUGUAUGGCUAUGUUCUCAAUCGCUAUGUUCUGUACUGCCACGUUCUAUACCCCCAUGUUCUGA